AUGGCUGCUAUCACCGGUCUAUCAUCCAAACAGGAGUCGGCUUUCCGGCGCAAGGAGCUUUCUGCCCAGGAACGCGAGGAACUGCUCAAGCCUUUUCUUCCCACCGACAUUUCCGAUAGUGAUACACAGGCGCAAAAGAAGAAGGCCCUCCGUGAGCGCCGUCGACGCGCAUCCCAGCAACAUCACCGCAAACCCCUCAUCGGCCCGUUCAAAGCACUACUCCACCUCACCAUCUACCAUGUCGUCGCUCUGCUCUUCAGCAUCUUCUUCCGCUUUCGACGCGCCUACCGGCUUGUACGGGGAAAAGUCAUCUCGCUCCUGAAAUAUCAUCAUCGCACGCCAGAGUUCAUAGCGCACGACGUAAAGGACCUGGAGAAGCUACCAAAGCACCUGAGUGUGAUUGUAGAAUACCAAGAGGACGACGGAAGUCAGGGAAACGCUGGCCUUGAAGGUCUCGUAAACGAUGUCUGCGAGAUAGCGGCUUGGGCAGCAAGUGCUGGAAUUCCGUUUCUCAGUAUCUACGAGCGAACUGGCGUCCUCAAGAACUACCUACCCCAAACCCAUGCCAGUAUCUGGAACACGCUUGAAGCCUACUUUGGCCCACAACGCAAACCCACCCUCUCCCUCCGCGCACCACAUCUGAGCUCAUACUCACCACCCGACACUCCCCCUCAGUCGGCUGAGCCAAAUGACCCAAGCCUCAAGCAAGAACGCCAGCACCUCACUGUACUCCUCUUGUCGGAACAUGACGGCCGAGAUACUAUUGUCGAUUUGACUCGCACCCUGGCCGAAAUGGCGCAAAAGGGUGACGUGCGACAAGAGCAGAUCAACAUGGAUUUGAUCGAUGCACAGCUAAACGACCACGUCUCCAGCGAGCCAGACCUGCUGAUUCUGUUCAGUCCAACGGUUCAAUUGAAGGGCUACCCGCCAUGGCAGCUGAGGUUGACCGAGAUCUUUCACUUGCCAGACAACAAGGGCGUCAACUAUCAAGUCUUCCUCCGAGCCCUAUACAAUUUCGCUAAGGUCGAGAUGCGCCUCGGAAGGUAG